GAUUCAUCAAAAGCUCCCGUCAAACUCGCUAAAGUCAUCAAGGUUCUCGGACGCACCGGCUCCCGUGGUGGAGUCACGCAAGUUCGUGUUGAGUUCAUGGACGACACUACGCGGACAAUCAUCCGCAACGUUAAGGGUCCUGUGCGGGAGGAGGAUAUCCUCGCACUAUUGGAGAGCGAGCGUGAAGCUCGGUAG